AGAUCCACUGAAUUAGGCAGCUACUCUGAAGGCAAGCAUUUUCUAUCAGGCUCUCACAGGCUCCUGCUCUGCUGCAAUGCCUUCAGCCCUUGACACCAACAUGAGGUUCAAGUUCUCGAUCCUGGCUCUUCUUCUGGAAGUUAUCAUCAUUGUUUUGUUUGGGAUAUUUGUGGAAUACAACGGCAGUAAAGACACUCAAACUUUAUACCCAUUCUUUCAGGAUGUCCAUGUGAUGAUAUUCAUUGGAUUUGGUUUCCUGAUGACCUUUCUGAAGAAAUAUGGAUUCAGCAGUGUUGGUAUCAACAUGCUCAUUGCUGCCUUCGGUCUCCAGUGGGGAACCCUGAUGCAAGGAUUUUGGCACAUGAAAGGAGGGAAAAUUCAUGUUGAUGUCAAAAGCAUGAUAAAUGCAGACUUCAGUACAGCAACUGCUUUGAUUUCAUUUGGAGCCGUCCUGGGGAAAACAAGCCCUGUUCAGAUGCUGAUCUUGACAAUUCUGGAAAUCACAGUCUUUGCAUGCAACGAACACCUAGUUACACAAAUAUUUCAGGCCACAGAUGUUGGAGCCUCAAUGACUAUCCAUGCUUUCGGAGCUUAUUUUGGUUUGGCUGUCACCCUAAUCUUGUAUCGUCCUGGCUUGAAAAACAAACAUGAAAAUGAAGAAUCUACCUAUCAUUCAGACAUAUUUGCCAUGAUUGGUACCCUGUUCCUUUGGCUUUUCUGGCCCAGUUUUAACUCUGCCAUUGCAUCUGAACCAAUGAAACCAAUUGUAAACACUUACUAUUCUUUGGCUGCAUGUACUGUCGUAACAUUUGCCUUCUCCAGCCUGGUAGAUCAAAGAGGCAAAUUCAAUAUGGUUCUCAUUCAAAAUGCCACCCUGGCGGGAGGAGUAGCAGUGGGUACCUGCGCUGACCUGUCAAUCCGCCCCUUUGCUGCCAUGUGCAUUGGGACCAUUGCUGGAAUUAUCUCUGUCCUGGGGUUCCACUUCCUGACUCCUUUCCUGGCAUCCAAGCUGAAGAUUCAAGACACUUGUGGAGUUCAUAAUUUACAUGGUUUACCUGGAAUACUGGGAGGUAUUGCUGGCAUCGUAGUAACGGCAGUAAAUGAGGAAACUAGGGAAGGUGUCCGCUUUACUCCUGGCAUGCAGGCUGCUGCCCUGGGCAGUACGAUUGGAAUGGCACUGGCAGGCGGAGCAUUGACAGGUGGUAUUCUAAAGCUGCCCUUCUUGGGACAAGCAUCUGAUGAGAACUGCUUUGAUGACUCUGUUUAUUGGGAGGUUCCAGAAGAGGAGAAACCACAUGAAAUUCAAUCCAACAACUAUGAUGAGCACAGCAGAUUUGAAGCCACCAUGUAGAAAAAUAAUUCUUCUGUAGUAUUUGUCCUAAUUAUGCUCUUUUCAGCUUCUAAUAUUGAAAAGCAACAUCCAAGUAUUGUCCUUAGCACACUAGGUUUUCAAGAAGGGGCUGCAGAUAGCUAUAUUUUUGUAAUAUAAAACAAGCUUGUGUUUAGAAUUCAUAGUCAUUAUGCCAAGCUCAGGGGAAAUAAUUAGAUCUUUCCAAUAUAUUUGUUCAUCAGAAAAACCCACCACAAACUGCUCUACAAAAUUAUCUGUGUUUUACCUUUUGUUGUCACAGAGUCAAUAUAGCCAUUGGAACAACCUUUGUGUUUCAAGCCUAUUACAGGAUACCAUAUUUUAACUGCAAGACCUCUGAGUUACAGUCACAUCCUUCAAUUGUGUAGAGUUAAUCAAGAAGAAAUAGAUUUAUAUUGUUUGUUUUGAUUCUAACAAGCUUUUCACCAGGGAAUCCCAGAUUAACUUUCUUAAAAAUGUGUUGACCUAUUUUUGGAUGGGGGAGAAAAUGUGCUGUAUUUUGAAGAUUGGUUAUGACAAGAAACAAAAUGUUGAAACCAUUUUCAUAGCAAAGCACAGAAUAUAGUGAUUGAUGAGACAAGUGACUGAUGAGUGACAAUAUGGGUAUCAAGGUUCUUUGUUGAUAUGUUUGUUGAAAAGAAAGAAGAAAAUGAAAUGGUGAAAAAUUUCAUUAUUGGCAUAGAUUUAUUUAGACUGUUUCAAAGACACAAUAAGGGAAUUGAGUAGGAGUUAUAAAAAACAGGUAAUUACAUAUGUUUUAUCACAUCCAACAAUAACAAGUGGAUAGUGGCACUGUUAAUGUCAAUAGCUAUAAACUGAACCAAACGCUAGCUCCAAGAAAACACUUGAGUUGUUAGGGACUGAUCGGAAAGCAACUAUGUUCAACCUACAGAAGACUCAGUGGAGAACAACUGUGUAGUGAGCUACCUUUGAAAUCGCUGACUCCUAAAACAAGACAAAGCAGAAAGAAAAAAACCUGAAGUUA